AGGGGCGGUCCCCCCGCCCCCGCCAGCCUUGAGCCCACCGGCACGGUCCCGGGGCUUGUACUGUGGGGCCCCAGGGCUCUUUUGCCAGGUAGGUAGCACAUCUGCACCCCGUAGAUGUCAUGAAGGCCCCAGGUCCCGGCCUGGCAGUGAACGAUGACGAGGAGCACACGGACAGCACGCCUCUCCUGCAGGGCGCCCCGCGGAUCGAAGCCGCUCCAGUAUGCUGCUCGGCUCGUUACAACUUAGCAGUUUUGGCAUUUUUGGGAUUCUUCGUCGUCUAUGCGUUACGUGUGAACCUGAGUGUCGCCUUAGUGGACAUGGUAGAUUCGAAUUCAACCUUAGCAGAUAACAGAACCUCCAAGGAGUGUCCAGAGCAUUGUACUCCUGUGAAAGUUCUUCAUAAUCAGACGGGCAGAAAGUACCAAUGGGAUGCAGAAACUCAAGGAUGGAUUCUCGGUUCUUUCUUUUAUGGCUAUAUCAUCACGCAAAUUCCUGGAGGAUAUAUUGCCAGCAAAAUAGGAGGGAAAUUGCUGCUAGGACUUGGGAUCCUGGGCACUGCUGUCCUCACCCUGUUCACCCCCGUUGCUGCCGAUUUAGGGGCUGGAGCUCUUAUUGCACUCAGAGCACUGGAAGGACUGGGAGAGGGUGUCACAUUUCCAGCCAUGCACGCCAUGUGGGCUUCCUGGGCUCCCCCUCUGGAAAGAAGCAAGCUUCUGACCCUUUCCUAUGCAGGAGCACAGCUUGGGACAGUAAUUUCUCUUCCUCUUUCUGGAAUGAUUUGCUACUACAUGAAUUGGACUUACGUCUUUUACUUUUUUGGUGUACUUGGAAUACUUUGGUUUAUUUUAUGGGUGUGGUUUGUUAGCGACACACCAGAGUCAAACAAGAGAAUCUCCCAUUCUGAAAAGGAAUACAUUGCUUCAUCAUUAAAAAAUCAGCUUUCUUCACAGAAGUCAGUGCCGUGGGUUCCCAUUUUCAAGUCACUGCCACUUUGGGCUAUUGUAGUCGCACAUUUUUCUUACAACUGGACUUACUAUACUUUAUUGACGUUACUGCCGACUUAUAUGAAGGAGAUCCUAAGGUUUGAUGUUCAAGAGAAUGGGUUGUUAUCUGCAUUGCCUUAUUUUGGUAAUUGGCUAUGUAUGAUCCUAGCUGGUCAAGCUGCUGACAAUUUAAGGGCAAAAUGGAAGUUUUCAACUCUAUGUGUUCGCAGAAUUUUUAGCCUUAUAGGGAUGAUUGGACCCGCAGUCUUCUUAGUAGCCGCGGGAUUUAUAGGCUGUGAUUAUUCUUUGGCUGUUGCGUUCCUGACCAUAUCAACAACCCUGGGAGGCUUUGGCUCUUCUGGAUUUAGCAUCAACCAUCUGGAUAUUGCUCCUUCGUAUGCCGGCAUCCUCCUGGGGAUCACCAAUACAUUCGCCACUAUUCCAGGAAUGAUCGGGCCUGUCAUUGCUAAAAGUCUGACCCCUGACAACACCGUCCGGGAAUGGCAAACUGUUUUCUGUAUCGGCGCUGCCAUCAACGUGUUCGGUGCUGUUUUCUUUUCUCUAUUCGCCAAAGGGGAAGUGCAGAACUGGGCCCUCGACGAUCACCACGGACACAGAAACUGAAGGAAGCAACAAAGAAUGCUCUGUCUGUUCACAGAUUGUUAUCUAUCAUGUAACCUACAAGUGCCUUUGAUAUUUUAGUGUGUAAGUGUUCUGUGUUCUAAAAAAAUAUACUUGUAUGAAAAUUUUAAAGCUUGUAAUCAUGAAAUGUCACUUGUUACCAGAUUAGUAAAAUAAACUAUAUUUAAUUAUGAGUAAUAUAUGCUGAAACUUAGACUUCAGGCUCACAUACCCGGCUGCUAGGCAGGAUGAAGUAGGGAGGUCUGUUUAUUUUUAACAGCCGUAUUUAUGGGAAUGAGCUGAAACGGACUCCCAAUAUUUUUGCUUAAUUAAACCAGAUAAUAAUUCUCAGGUAUCACUAGUAAACACCUGGUCGUGUCCACUUUCCUCGUACGUAUUAUGUAUCAGGUCUCUCUGACCCAUAGACUUCAAACCGUAGCACCUCUCCAUGUCGCUGCCAACCCCUGUGCAACUUGGCCUGGCAGCUGGACUGAGGGAAGCAGCCCCAAGCCGCGGCCAACAUUCCCUCCCUGGAUUCAGGAACAGACCGCCCAGGCCGACUGUCACCUCUCUGGAUGGCAUUCACUCCCUGGGCCUGUUAAUGUGUAGAAAAUCCCUGAGCAGGCUGAAGCCCUGGGACACACAGCUCCUUCCCCUCCCAGCACAGCAGAAUGUUGACAGAUCUGUAACCUGCUGAAGAUAACAGACAACAGCAUCUUUGUUUAAAACAACUUUCACACAGAUCAGAGUAUAUAAAUUUUGUGUUUUUUUAAGCCAUACAAGAAUUUUUUUAAUGUUUUACUUUGUGUUCUGUCAGUCUUCACGUCAGCUCUGGUUACAGUUUCAAGUGACUUUCGAAGGCCCCCUCACCCAGGACCAGUGGGUGAUCAUUUUCCUGCUGGUUCCCAUUACUUUCCAGUUGUUUACAUAGACCGUCUUCCAGUGGUGAUUGAGCACACUACGGGCAUCUAUGUGAUUUAAAAGUUGAUUUAUGUUUUGUUCUGUAUGUUCAACACUACCUGAAACACUUUAAUUAAAACUGUUUAAUGUAAUAUGAUGUGAAUACAGUUAUGUAAAUUUUUUUAAUCUGUAAAUAGCUUUAAGUGGUUAUGGUAACAUUUCUUUUAUAAAUCAUUGAAAUAAACCUUUUUGGGUUGA